CAUUUGCCAAAAAAACGCGAACAAGUUCGGAACGGGGGCGAGCGGACGUCGAAGCCUAAUAGAGUAAACAACGCGACCGCGCAGCAGCUGUCCGCAGUUGAAUUGAGAGAAGGCCAACGGUAAAACAAUAGGCAGAGCAGAUUAGUCGUGCGUAUCGAGUGACUAAAGGCGGAUGCAUAUUUAAUACACAUAAAUACACCUACAAUUUCAUUGCCCCUAAUUAAAAGUGUUCAAAACUCAAAUAUUUGAUCACAGAUUACCAAAUCAGGGGCUACCGCAAGGAAGUGGAUCACACACCUAGUCAACAAAAUGAAAAAUUUAAAUAAAAUAUUUAACAGUGAAAGUGAAAAAGGCUAAAGUAUUCAGUAUUUAUGCCUACGAAUCCAAUAUCAAGUGUAGAAUAAAUUUGAGCCAGCAGGCUGCCCAAACUGACAGUAAAAGUGGAUGGGCAUUUAUAAUAAAAUAAUCAAGUAAAAGCAGAUAACAGAGGAAAUGAAAUGAUGAAUUGAAUUGAAAAUGAAGAUAAAAUAUUUUUGAAAGUGGUAUUGAAAAGUGCGCUUUCCAAAAACUGAAUAAAUAAAAUAAGAGCUACGGGGCUCACCAUUAUAAUUUAAUAUUUAGCGUUAAAUAAUGGCAGAUUGCCACUAGAGAAAUAUGGAAAAGAGGCCGAGCGACAGUCCCGGAAACUGUCGCGUAACGAGAUCAAGCAUGACGCCCACGCUGCGCCUGGAUCAAAGUCCCAGGCAGGACCAUCAUCCCCAGCAGUCGGAAAGUGCCAAAAAUGCAGCACCUAGAAGGUCUAAGUCGCCCACUUCUGGAAAGUCGCAAGCGGCGCAGCAUCACCAGUUUCGGGCUCCCCAGCAACAACAAGAACCCAAAAACCGAAAUAAGGCCUGGGUCAAGAGGCAGCACAAGGCCGGAAGUAAGCACAACACCAGCACCUGUGGCGGCGCCAGCAGCGCCCAGUCGCAGUCUACUGGCUCCACCGCGCCAGCUACUUCCCUCCUGCCAGCAACGUCGUCGGCAGCCCACAAGGCUGAUCUUGAGAACAUCCAGAAUAUUCAUAACAAAAAUCAGAUUACUGGCGGGGGAAUCAACCACCACGGAAUCGCCGGAACCGCCCAUCACGUCGGUGUCAAUGCACAUCACGUCGCAGUGGGUGGAGGUGGUCACCAUCACCAUCACAACACGCGACUAGCGCAGAACGCCACUGGUGGUGGAGCGACCGGAGGAGGAGCCAUGCAGCUCUAUAAGAAGAUGCUGACACACAGGGGUCACCAUCACCAUGUGUUGUGCGCUGGAAACAAUGCGAAUCACACUUGCUGCUUGGUUACAGGCUGCAACGGCAGUUCUGCCAGCGGAGCGGGCGUGCCCGCAAGCGGAGGCGUUGGAGUCGCAUCGGGCGGCGGAGGAGCGACCUGCAAGGAGGCGCAGAGCAGCAAGGACACCAGCUCCCUGAGCGGCAACAGCAGCGUCACGGGCAGCGCAGCAGCUGGAAAUGCUGUACACUAUUGCUGCGGCCGCUCUAAGUUUUUCCUGCCGGAGAAGCGGUUGCGCAAGGAGGUGAUUGUCCCACCCACCAAAUUUCUGUUAGGCGGCAACAUCUCCGACCCGCUUAACCUUAAUUCGCUGCAGAACGAGAAUACAUCGAAUGCCUCCUCCAGCAACAACACACCGGCCACCACGCCCCGCCAGUCGCCCAUCACCACCCCCCCGAAAGUGGAGGUGAUAAUACCGCCCAACAUCCAUGAUCCACUCCACUUGCUGGAUCCUGUUGAUUCGAUGGAGUACGAGAAGCAGCUUACUUCGCCGAUGAAGCGUGGAGGCGGCGGCGUUGGAGGGGGGAUGCUGCACCACCGACAGCACCACCACCGCACGAGAAAGAACCGAAAGCGUCGGCGCUUCGACUCCAAUAACACAUCGCACGCUGGUGACGAAUGCGGUGGCGGAGGCGAGCUGGCCGACGAACCGCCGCAGCCUACAGCCACCUCCUCGCUGGCGGCGUCGCCGGUGGCAGCGCUCGUCAACGUCGGAGGCAGUUUGCUGCUAAGCGAGUCCGCCGUUCCGGCCGCCGGCGAAACGGCGGAAACGGGCCAACAGCAGGCGCAUGUGCGAUCUCCGCAGUCGGCCGCCAUUUCGGCCACCGCUGAGAUGCCAUCGUCGACCGAAGCAGCGGCGGCUGCAGGGGCUGAGGAACAAGUGGAAGAGGCGGCGUCGGCUCCGUCGCCGGCAGCGCCGUCAUCGCCAAAGCUACAUCAACAUGUGGACGCAGCCGCGGAAGAAGGCCCAGCUGCUGCGCCGCCUGCUGCUGCUGAGCCGCUGGGGGAGGAGAUGCUGCUCAGUUUUUCGACUACAUCGACCACAUUGGCGGUGGCGUCGACGCUGGCAGAGCGGCGGGCGCAGGCCAGCAGGGACUUGCGUCUGGAUUUGUCGAGCACGUGCUACGGCGUCGGGGGUACGGGGCUGAGUUUCGGCGGCAGCAGCGGAGCCAGCAUAGGCACUGGUGUUGGUGGAGGCGGCGGGAGGAAGAGGAAAAUCAGCGAGAGCAACAAUUCGCAAAAGAGCAAGAAAUUUCAUCGCCACGAAGUUAUGGAUAAAAUCGUCAGUCCCGUGGUCCCGCAGCCAGGAGCCUGGAAACGGCCACCGCGCAUCCUGCAGCCUAGCGGAGCUAGAAAGACGAACUCGCGCCGGUCGACAUCCUUUAGCGAAUCUGAGAUUAUCAGUCCCGUAGAGGAGGGGCCUCCAAAACAGCUGCCUCUCAUCGAUGUUGAGAUACCCCGGGGCGACACGCCAGAUUUACCAGAGCACGGGCUUGGGAGUCCGCUGAGCACCACUUCGGCGGCCACUUCGCACACAGCUGGUGAGCAGGAUUCCCUGGCAGGAGCGGACACCAUCAUAGCGGAUGCUACUGCGUCUGAAGACGUGACCGAAGUCCAAGUGACCAGCAGUAUGAUGCUGGAACCCGCCCUGAUUCCUCCACUCAAAGUGCUGCCCAAGUUCCGCGCCGAUGGGUUGAAGUACCGGUACGGCAACUUUGAUCGCUACGUGGACUUUCGGCAGAUGAACGAGUUUCGGGACGUACGCCUACAGGUGUUCCAGCGCCAUGUGGAACUGUUCCAAAAUAAGGACAUCCUUGACAUUGGGUGCAACGUGGGCCACAUGACUAUCACGGUGGCCAGACAUCUGGCACCGAAAACAAUUGUAGGCAUCGACAUUGAUCGAGAGCUAAUUGCCCGGGCUCGGAGGAAUCUCUCGAUAUUUGUGCGCAUUCCCAAGGAAGAGAAGAUGCCAGAGAUCAAGGCAGAACCAAUGGUCGAUUGUAAGGCGGAGUCAACUGAGAAAACGCAAUCCGUAGGCGGAGAGGCUUCGGAUUUAGCACACAAGAAAACGAGGCGAGGAAAGAAGCGGCGCAAGGUGCACCAAAGACUCCAGCACCAUCACCAUCACCGUCAUAAUCAUCAUCAUCACCACCACCACCACCUCUAUGAUCUGGAACAGCUGCAGCAACAACAGAAGCUGGACGCGCUUCUCGUCAAGCCGCACGAAUUCUUCCCCAUUUCUUUUCCGCUAACCUAUGGGGGAAUCCCCCAUUUGCCGCUAUCAAGCAAAUCGCCAAAUACGUGUGGCAACAAUAAUCUUUUCCCGUCAAACGUCUUCUUUAGACACACCAACUAUGUGCUCAAGGACGAGUCGUUCAUGGCCAAUGACUCGCAGCAAUACGAUCUCAUACUGUGUCUCUCUGUUACCAAAUGGGUCCAUCUCAACUUUGGGGAUAACGGCUUAAAGAUGGCCUUCAAGCGGAUGUUCAACCAGCUGCGCCCCGGUGGGAAGCUUAUACUUGAGGCCCAGAACUGGGCCAGCUAUAAGAAAAAGAAGAACCUGACGCCAGAGAUUUAUAACAACUACAAGCAGAUCGAGUUCUUUCCCAACAAGUUCCAUGAAUACUUGCUCAGCUCGGAAGUGGGAUUCAGUCACAGCUAUACACUCGGAGUGCCACGGCACAUGAACAAGGGUUUCUGCCGACCCAUCCAGCUGUAUGCUAAGGGAGAUUAUACCCCGAAUCAUGUGCGUUGGAGCGAUGCAUACUAUCCGCAAACCCCUUAUGAGGCAUAUCGCGGCAUCUAUGCCACCCUUCCAGCUCAUCGCAUGGGAGGCGGCGGAAGCAGCGCAGGCGGUAGCCAUAGUGGGCAUGCUCAAAUGCUGCACCUCAGUAGCUCCAGUCGGUCGCAAAACUACGAUACGCCGCACUAUGCAGGCAGCGCCUCCGGCUCGGCCAGUUGCCGGCAGACCCCAAUGUACCAGCCCACCUAUAAUCCAUUGGAGACGGAUUCAUACCAACCCAGCUAUGACAUGGAAUAUCUCAACCACAUGUACGUGUUCGCUUCGCCACUCUACCAGACCGUCUGGUCGCCCCCAGCCUCGCUGCGCAAGAGCAGCUCGCAUACCCCGGUAUUCGGAAGUGUGCGCGAAGCGGAGCUAGACGGUGAUGGGAGUGGAGGAGGUGGCAGCGGGGGAGGCAGCUACCACCGGCACGUCUAUCCACCAAACGAUGACACCUGUUCGCCGAACGCCAACACUAGCAAUGCGUUUAACUCGAUUCGCGACCCUGAUACCGAUGAUUCCAAUCAGCUGCCAGGGGGAAGUCGGCGGCAUGUGUAUGCCACCAACUGUGGAGAGAGCUCCUCGUCGCCGCAGGUUAAUCACCACGAGGCGACCGGCGAGUUUGUAGACGCUCUAAUGGAAGACGAACAUAAGUCUUCAAGUGGCGGAGGGGCUGGUGGCGCGGCUUAUUGUGAUCUUUCGGAUGCCUAGACUAAAAAUGUUUUAGGCAGGAAAAAAGUGUCAAAAAAAAAAAACAAAAAAAAACGAAAAAUCUUAAAAACCACGAAGAGUUUUUGAAAAGAAAAAUCAAUGUAACCGUAAACAAAACGCUUAUGUUUUCUAAGGUAUAAUGUGGGUAUAUAUUUUUUAUACAUCGUAAUUUAAUGAAAAGAAUAUAUAUACAAAUAUAUACAAAUCUAUAUAUACAUUUUGAACAGAGAUGCAUGUGUUUAGGUAUAUUGUUAUCUGUAUCGAUAAGGCUAACCUUUUUGCUAAAAUGCUUUAUAGUGAACACAUGAUUUGAUCCUGUUGGCAGUUCAAUUGUAAUCCUAGUUUUUAAUUCACCAUAAGCAAUACAAACACAAACACGCUCUUACGUAUAUAUCUACAUAUACAGGCACACCCACCAACACUCACACACACGACAAGCGGUAGCUUUAAAUAAUAUAUAUAAUGCUAUAAAAAUGUUUAGGAAACGUGAAAAAUUCCAUGAAAUUAAACUAUUUUUUAUUAAAACUUUGGCAAAGCAUAAAAUAUAACAUGCUGUAAGGAAAUGUGAAACAAAAUGAAUAAAGCAACCACAAUGGCAAGCAAAGAAAUUACAAAUUAAUAAUUUAUUCCUAAGAAUGUUUAAACAUUGUUUUAAGCCUUUGAAGUGGUAAGAGCUUAGGAAAUAAGGCAUCGGAGUUUAAGUUGUUCUUUUUAUUUAACGUUCGGAAAACAGUUCUUAACGUUUUAUCAAUACCGCUUGUCCACCUUGCAAAAGGAAAGCGGAAUUUAUGUCCUAUGUUUUUAAAACGUUUUAAUAAAAUAUUUAAUUUUUUCUGAGAAAAUAAAAAUUAAUGUAGUUGAAAGAAUUAAUGAAAGAUUUCUUCAUAGAGAAAUUAAACAAUAUUAUAUUUAAAACUUU